UAAGGACUCGUUUUAUCAAUGGCUAAGACUGAAAAAGGUAAGUUGGAGACGUUAUGAAUGCGAGGAAUCGUGUCUAAUCGCUCAUGUAGCUGCUGCUGCUGCCAAGAAGACCCAGCGUGUUCAGAAUAAGAAGGCUGGUCACAUUCACACUACCACUCGUUUCUACCGCCCAAAGACUCUUGAGCUUGCUCGUAAGCCCAAGUAUGUCAGACAUGCGGUCCAGAAGGAGAACAAGAUGGACGCUUACGCCAUCAUUAAGAAGCCUGCUGUGAGCGAGUCGUCCAUGAAGAAGAUUGAGUCUGAGAACAUCCUGACCUUCUUCGUCGAUAUCCGUGCGAACAAGAGACAGAUCCGCCAGGCCAUCAACAAGCUCUACAACGUCAAGUGCGACAAGGUGAACACUGUGAUUUCCCCUCUGGGAUUCAAGAAGGCGUUCGUUCGCAUGAGCGGAGAGAACGAGGCCAUGGACGUUGCCAACAAGAUCGGAAUCUUCUAAGGUGAUUCUGAGGUAAACCUGUCCUUAUUAU